CACAGAGGUUUCCCCUUCAGUGCCACCUUGUACGUUAACGGCAUCAUGGUAGCCAGAAUCAGUUCGUGCUGCGAGUACCGCUACGCUCCAGGCUUCCAGCAGGGCAGGAAGAGCUGCUUCAGAUUGGCUUGGCUGGCAGGUGGCCUACCCUGUUACAGAUGCACAAGUCUCCGAAACAAAUACAGCUCCUGCCAACAGCUGAACAACGGCACAAAGGACAACUUAAUUCUCCCUCUAGACAAGAGCCCUGGCAAUGGCACCAUCGAGUCGUGUCCAUCAUCCCCUCUCUUUAUCCCAGCCAAACCCGAGAGGAAAUCAGGGAGGAGAACAAGAAAACAUAUCAAGGAAGGCAGUAGGGGAUCUACAGACAGCGAAGACCCUGCUGUAGCUGGGAUUAAAGAGACUUCCAAGAAGAAACAACGCAAGGGUCAAACUAAACAGAAAGAGAGCAAAGGCAAAACAGCUGGAAAUAAGAGGGAAGAGGGACAAGACAGCAAGGGCUUGGAGGGCACGCACAGGUCAACAGCGACUGAAAAAUGUGAAGACCAAGCAUCGUCUGACAGACGAGAACAUAAGCAGCAGAAACCAACCAGCAAUGUCACAGAGCUGCAGAAAGAGCAGCCGCGACCAAACGUGACAAGCAAAGUUCUCGAUUCAUUGCAGGAUGAGGAAGCACUGACUAAGCAGAACAGAGAGAAACAGAAGGAGCUGGGAUCAAAUGGGAAAAGCAGAGAUGGGGAAAGACUGAAGGACUUCUAUGAAGAAUGUGUGGAAAUGAGCACGGCGUUGGAGCAGGGCCUAAACAAACACAACUGGUUCAAGGCAAACAUCCUGGAGAGAUGCCGGCUCCAGAAGAGGCUGUCAUCGUGCCCCAAAUCUCCAGGCUCGGAUGUGGAGCCCAGUGCAGAAAGUGAUACAGUCCCGCAGCCUGAUGGAGAGCCAGAGGAAGAAGAGGACACUGCCAGCCAGAGUGCUGGCAAAGAAGAGCCUGUUAAAGAACAAGACCUGCAGGCGCAGCUCCACGCCAUGAUGACGGUGCUGAGCACAUCCGAUGAGGUGGAGCAGCUGGUUCUGAGGAACACGGACCUGACAGACGACCUUCUGCUGAGCCUGGCGGAGGCCUUGAAGAGCAGCCUGUCCAAGGUCACACUGCUCAACCUCAACCUCAACCUCAUUGGCCCGUAUGGAGCCCACAUCCUGCUGGACGUUCUGAGAGUGAAGCCUCAGAUCAGAGGCUUACACUUGUUUGGAAACAAACUGCGUGACCAUGGACUGCUGACCCUGUUGAAUGGAAUAGCUGAGCUGCAGGAGCAAACAGCAAGAGCUGCUGCUGCCAUCCAACAGGCCAUGCUUUUCCCAUCGGAGCAGAAUAUGCUUCUGCAGCUCCCCACUGGGUGGAGCUCUUUCAGUGUUUUUGCGCUUUUGGAACUAGAUAUUGGGGGAAAUGGCUUGAGCAGCGAAGGGGUGAAGGUGUUAGCAUCAUACAUGAGGCACCACUCUUAUCUUCAGUACUUGGGGCUGGCGCAGAAUAGCGGCGCCGAUCUGGCGGCGUGGAAGGAACUUUUCGACAGCCUCAAAAGAAACAGCUCGCUGACUCAGGUCAUCCUAGACGAGAACAACUUGGGAGACCCUGGGGUCAGGCUGCUGGCUGACAUGCUGAAAGAGAACGUGAGUCUGCGGCAGGUGGAUCUGGACAGGAACGGCAUCAGCGACGUGGGAGGAAACGACAUCAUGGGCGCGUUGCUUUGCAGAACGCAGGUACCGUUGACGCAUCUGAGCCUACAGGAGAACAACAUCAGUGCAGGACUUAUGAGUAGGAUACAGGAAGAGGUCAAAUAUCAAUGCAUCCUGUAGGAGUGGAAGAAUACAAAUAAUGAGAAUCUAUGUAACACAUACACAAAGCACUGACUUUGAGAACUCAUAAUAUUCCUUGUUUACAUUUUGAGGUCAGAGACUUUGUUUUUGGUUUUUUACCAUUAAACACACACACACACACACACACACACACACACACACACACACACACACACACACACACACACACACACACACACACACACACACACACACACACACACACACACACACACACACACAUCUCUCUUCCUUCCUGUGAGUGGGUGGCCCUGCUAACAAAUGCUGCAUCUUAGUUUAGCCCAGGCAGGUAGUGUAGGAGGUAUGUUUGCUUUAGGACUGCACUGUGGUCUGGAUGGAUUUUCAAAGAGAUCUCAAUGAACUGAACCUUUCUUUCUUCUUUGUGGUGAGGUUUCAUCUUAACCUUGAGGUUUUCUUCUUCCCACCAGCAUUACCACUCCUGACUCCACACCUCCUACUUUGCUAAAACUGAUUCCAGUGUCAUCUUAUUGAAUAAUUUGCAGCCUCCUGACUAAAAAGAAACCAAAGUGAUUCAUUCCACCCACAGUAUUUACAGGUCAUGGAUGACUUACCCACAACUUCCCCCCCCAGAACAUUUUAGUAGCCACCUUGAGAUCCCUCUCCUCUACUCUUACAUACAAAAGAUACUUAAGACAUCUAAGCCAUGCCACGUCAACUACCCUUAUUCUGCCACGUCAACUAACCUUAUUCUGUCAUUCUUGUCUCUCUUCGUGUGCUAGACAAAGCAUCUAUUCAGACUCUAAGCGCUGUGUGUGAACUUCGAGGCCGUCAUCUCAUUGUUCUAUCAACACAGACAUUCUGAGAAUGACUGUACCUGUGAUCAAAGCUUGUCAAAGUGGUAAUUAUCUCCUCCUGUCAGGGCUGCCGGUAGUGACUCUGCUGAAACCAAUCCCUCCAUAUUUCAUCUGCAGUCUUUGCGAAUUUCUGUCUGUGGAACCCCGAUAAAGACGCUCUCCGAAACCCCCGGGAGGAUGACAGAUAAAUGAGACUGGUGCACCUGAAGAUUACAUCUGCAGAAGUUGUCUUGUUCCACUGUAUCAGACUGAAUAAGCUUCUGUUGUGGCCUACAUUCAAAACUCUGUACAGCAAAGAAAGGAUGUCUAGUGUGGGGUUGUCUUAUUUUGUCCAGAUCGAUUCUGUGUGUCUAAAUGAGAUUGGUAAGAUUUAGUUAUCAGCAAUAAAAAAAGAGUCCAA